CCUCUCGCUCCGCUCACAGGCGCGCCCAGUGCAAACUGCUAAGCCUGGAGUCGGGGAGAUCCGGGAGGAGGUGGAAGGCCACACCCCGCGCUGCCCGCGAAUUUCCUCCGGAGCCCGCGGUCGCCGGGCAGACGCCGCCGAGAUGCGGGGCCCGCGGCUCGGGACCGCCGCCCGUCUCUUCUGCGUGUGGAGCGCGGCGCUGGCCGUCGCCCCCGGGCCCAGGUUUCUGGUGACAGCCCCUGGGGUCAUCAGGCCAGGAGGAAAUGUGACCAUUGGGGUGGAGCUUCUGGAACACAGCCCCUCCCAGGUCACUGUGAAGGCGGAGCUGGUCAAGAUAGCAGCGAACCUUGCUGUCCCUGUCCUGGAAGCAGAAGGAGUCUUUGAAAAAGGCUCUUUCAAGACACUUACUCUUCCAUCACUACCUCUGAACAGUGGUGAUGAGAUUUAUGAGCUCCGUGUCACUGGACGUGCCCAGGAUGAGAUUUUAUUCUCGAAUAGUACGCGCUUAUCAUUUGAGACCAAGAGGAUGACUGUUUUCAUUCAAACAGACAAGCCCCUGUAUAAACCAGAGCAAGAAGUGAAGUUUCGCGUUGUUACACUCUUCUCAGACUUUAAGCCUUACAAAACCUCUUUAAACAUUCUAAUUAAGGAUCCCAAGUCAAAUUUGAUCCAACAGUGGUUGUCAGAACAAAGUGAUCUUGGAGUCGUUUCCAAAACUUUCCAGUUAUCUUCCCAUCCAAUACUUGGUGACUGGUCCAUCCAAGUUCAAGUGAAUGACCAGACAUAUUAUCAGUCAUUUCAGGUUUCAGAAUAUGUAUUACCAAAAUUUGAAGUCACUUUGCAGACACCAUUAUACUGUUCUUUAAAUUCUGUGGGUUUAAAUGGUACCGUCACAGCAAAGUAUACAUAUGGGAAGCCAGUGAAAGGAGACCUAACACUUACGUUUUUACCUUUAUCCUUUUGGGGUGUGAAGAAAAAUAUUACAAAAACAUUAAAGAUAAAUGGAUCUGCAAACUUCUCUUUUAACGGUGAAGAGAUGAAAAAGGUAAUGGAUAUUUCGGAUGGCCUUUCUGAACACAUGAAUCUGUCUUCUCCUGGGCCGGUAGAAAUUUUAGCCACAGUGACAGAAUCACUUACAGGUAUCUCAAGAAAUGCAAGCUCCAAUGUAUUUUUCAAGCAACACGAUUACAUCAUUGAAUUUUUUGAUUAUGCUACUGUCUUAAAGCCAUCUCUCAACUUCACAGCCACUGUGAAGGUAACCCGUUCUGAUGGCAAUCAACUGACUCCUGAAGAAAGAAGAAAUAAUGUAGUCGUAAUGGUGACGCAGAGAAACUAUACCAAGUACUGGAGCAGAUGGGACGGGAGAAAUCAGGAAAUAGGGGCUGUCCAGAUCGUAAAUCAUACUGUCCCCCCAAAUGGAAUCUUCAAGAUUGAAUUCCCAAUCCUGGACGAUUCCAGCGAGCUGCAGUUGAAGGCCUCUUUUCUUGAUACUGUGAGUAGCAUGGCUGUUCAUGAUAUGUUUAAGUCUCCUAGUAGAACGUACAUCCAGCUAAAAACAAGAGAUGAAAAUAUAAAGGUGGGAUCACCUUUUGAGUUGGUGCUUAGUGGCAACAAGCAGUUGAAGGAGUUUAGCUAUAUGGUAGUGUCCAGGGGACAGUUAGUGGCUGUAGGCCAGCAAAAUUCAACAACUUUUUCCUUAACACCAGAAAAUUCUUGGGCUCCAAAAGCCUGUAUUAUUGUGUAUUAUAUUGAAGAUGAUGGGGAAAUUAUAAAUGAUGUUCUGAAAGUUCCUGUUCAGCUUGUUUUUAAAAAUAAGAUACAGCUAUUUUGGAGUAAAGCCAAUGCUGAACCAUCUGAGAGAGUCUCUCUUAGGAUCUCUGUGACACAGCCAGACUCAAUAGUUGGGAUUGUAGCUGUCGACAAAAGUGUGAAUCUGAUGAAUGUCUCAAACGAUAUUACAAUGGAAAAUGUGGUCCAUGAACUGGAACUUUAUAACACAGAAUAUUAUUUAGGCAUGUUCGUGAAUUCUUUUGCAGUCUUUCAGGAGUGUGGCCUCUGGGUGUUGACAGAUGCAAACCUUGUGAAGGAUUUCAUUGAUGUUUAUGACCGUAUAGCGUUUUUGGAGGAAAAUGAAGGAUACUUGGUAGAUUUUCAUGACUUUUCUUUGGGUAGCAGUCCACGUGUCAGAAAGCAUUUUCCAGAGACUUGGAUUUGGCUAGACACCAGCAUGGGUUCCAGGACUUACCAAGAAUUUGAAGUUACUGUACCUGAUUCUAUCACUUCUUGGGUUGCAACUGCUUUUGUGAUCUCUGAGGAUUUAGGUCUUGGACUAACAACUACUCCAGUGGAGCUCCAAUCCUUCCAGCCGUUUUUCAUUUCUUUGAAUCUUCCGUACUCUGUUAUCAGAGGUGAAGAAUUUGCUUUGGAAGUAACCAUAUUCAAUUAUUUAAAAGAUGCCACUGAGGUUACGGUAAUCAUUGAGAAAAGUGACGCGUUUGAUAUUCUAAUGGCUUCGAAUGAAAUAAAUGCCACAGGACACCGGCAGACGGUUCUGGUUCCCAGUGAGGACGGGGCAACUGUUCUUUUCCCAGUCAGGCCAACACAUCUGGGGGAAACACCCAUCACAGUCACAGCUGUUUCACCUGCUGCUUCCGAUGCUGUCACCCAGAGGAUUCUAGUGAAGGCUGAAGGAAUAGAAAAAUCAUAUUCACAAUCCAUCUUAUUAGACUUGACUGACAGCAAGCUACAAACUACCCUGAAGACUUUGAGUUUCUCCUUUCCUCCUCAUACAGUGAGUGGUAGUGAGAGAGUUCAGAUCACUGCAAUUGGAGAUAUUCUUGGUUCUUCUAUCAGUGGCUUAGCCUCACUGAUUCGAAUGCCUUAUGGCUGUGGCGAACAGAACAUGAUAAAUUUUGCUCCAAAUAUUUAUGUUUUGGAUUACCUGACUAAAAAGAAACAACUGACUGAGAAUUUAAAAGAAAAAGCCCUUUCAUUUAUGAGGCAAGGUUACCAGAGAGAACUUCUCUAUCAGAGGGAAGAUGGCUCUUUCAGUGCUUUUGGGAAUGAUGACCCUUCUGGGAGUACUUGGUUGUCAGCUUUUGUUUUAAGAUGUUUCCUUGAAGCUGAUCCUUACAUAGAUAUUGAUCAGAAUGUGUUACGCAGAGCAUAUACUUGGCUCAAAGGACAUCAAAAAUCCAAUGGUGAAUUUUGGGAGCCAGGAAGAGUGAUCCACAGUGAGCUUCAAGGUGGCAAUAAAAGUCCAGUAACCCUUACGGCUUACAUUGUGACUUCUCUCCUGGGAUAUAAAAAGUAUCAGCCUAAUAUCGAUGUGCAGGAGUCUAUCAACUUUUUGGAGUCUGAAUUCGAUAGAGGACUUUCAGACAAUUACACCCUGGCUCUUGUAACGUAUGCGCUGUCAUCUGUGAGAAGCCCUAAAGCCAAGGACGCUUUGAAUAUGCUGACUUGGAGAGCAGAACAAGAAGGAGGCAUGCAAUUCUGGGUGUCAUCCGUGUCCAGACUUUCUGAAUCCUGGCAACCAAGCUCCCUGGAUAUUGAAGUUGCGGCCUAUGCGCUGCUCUCACACUUCCUGCAGCAUCAGAUUUCUGAGGGAAUCCCGAUUAUGAGGUGGCUGAGCAGGCAGAGAAACAGCUUGGGAGGGUUUGCGUCUACGCAGGACACCGUUGUGGCCUUGAAGGCCCUGUCUGAGUUUGCAGCCCUGAUGAACGCAGAAGAGACAAAUAUCCAAGUGACCACGGUGGGGUCCAGUUCACUGAGUCCUGUGAAGUUUGUGAUUAGCACACAGAACCUCUUUGUCCUCCAGACGGCUGAGCUUGCUGUGGUACAGCCAACUGUAGUUAAUAUUUCUGCAAGCGGUUUUGGAUUUGCUAUUUGUCAGCUUAAUGUUAUUUAUAAUGUGAAAGAUUCCAGAUCUUCCAGAAUCCAAAGAUCUAUCCACGAUCAAGAAGCCUUUGAUUUAGACAUUGCUGUAAAAGAUGAUAAAGAUGAUAUCAAUCACUUGAAUUUGAAUGUGUGCACAAGGUUCCUGGGCCCAGCUAGGAGUGGCAUGGCCCUUAUGGAAAUUAACCUCCUCAGUGGUUUUACCGUGGCCUCAGAUGCCAUUUCCCUGAGUGAGACCGUGAAAAAAGUAGAACACGACCAUGGAAAACUCAACCUCUACUUAGACUCUGUAAAUGAAACCCAGUUUUGUGUUGACAUUCCUUCUGUGAGAAACUUUAGAGUGUCAAAUACACAAGAUGCUUCAGUGUCCAUAAUGGAUUACUAUGAACCAAGGCGGCAAGCGGUGAGAAGCUACAACUCCAGAGCACAGCUGUCCUCCUGUGACCUCUGUGGGGACCCACACACCUGCGGCCCCUGUGACAGUGCGGCCUCGGCCUCCCUUCCUCACCCUAACGUCUGCCUCCUUGUCUGCUUCACGCUCCUGUUCUCUUUGCAGUGUUGGCUAUGAUUUAUUGUUUUAAAGACUCCGCGUAACACUUUCAUUUCCAGAAGUCACAUGUGAUUGUCUUGUUUUCAUAAGCAAAUAUCGCCUCUAUUUUGAAAAUCAAUGUUGUUCUUCUGAUGGGAUGGGAUGGGGGUGUACGACCGGUCCUUGUAUGUGUAGCUGCAUAGAGUUCUUCCCCUGACUUAUGUGUGGAGCAAAAAAUCAGCAUUAUUGCAGCUGUAUUCUUUUAUUUCCCCCUCUUAAAAUCUUUUAGGAGUUUUUUGGAGGUGUUAUUUUCUCCAGAAUAAAUGCGUUAUUUUAGAGGAUUCUUUUCAUUUUCUAGAGGAAAUGAGCCUGGCUUCUUAAGCACUGCUAUACGUCAGUGUCUGCUUUAGUAUUAACGACGGAUUUCCUGGGAACUGGGAGGAAACAAACCCGUGGGAGGAGCUUGUUCUGUCCCUUCUGUAUCCACCCUAACCCUCCGCCUGUACCACCCACCCCAGUGGUCUCAGUACAUCCUUCUUAAUCAGAUAUAACUUCUUUCUUUAGGAUGGAGGUGGUGAUUUUUUUUUUUUUUUUUUAAGGGAAAUGGUGUUGUUCCACUCCAGAUGUAGUCACAUACCCCAGCCCUACUUUUCCUCUGUUUUCCCUCUGGAGAGAAGCAGAGAGAGACCGGCUUCACUGUGCUGCUGGUGGCUCAGAGGUUGAGGUUGCUGGGAAGUGCCCAGAGGGGCCCCGGGUGCCCUCCUCUGCGUCCUCAGCCCCACAUGUGGGCUCUGUUCAGGCUGGGGGUCAGAGGGCAUUGCAACACAUGCCUUACGUGACUUGGACCAGAAGAUCCUAGACCAGGAGGCACAUGUGCGUCAUGGGGAAUGCUAAGCCAGGGGCACAACAAAAUCCUAUAGGAGAUGUAGCAGACUGGACCUCCCCAUGGUCUGGGAAAGAAGCUGAGGAUUGACGGGGAUCAGAGAGAUGUGAAGUACUGUACGGUGUUGGCCAGGGUCCUGUGGAACCUUCUAGAUUCAGGUGUCUGAGUGUCAGACCACCAGCUGUCCAGUGACAUCUAACGCUUGCUCUGAAUCGUAUAGAAGAUUCUUGAAUUUUGAGCACCUGUGUCAUGGGUUACCCUGUAUUCAGAAGGAUAAUAUUCAUUUAUCUGGGUGAAAUUUUAAGGAAAGAUUCCUUUCUUCCCCCUUCCCUGGUUUUCCUCUUUUCUCACCUUUGUUUCAUCCUGCCUUUCCUUCCCUUCUUCCUUUCUUCUUUUCAUCUGAAAUACAUUGAAAUAUUUUAGAUAUAUCCAAAAAAUUUAAAGAUCUUUUACUAAAUCUAACAAUUGGUUUAAUUUCACUCCUGAACUCGGCAUUUCUCUCAAGGGGAUGUAGAAACGUAAUCGUCGUGGGCUCCAAAGAAGCUGCAUUGCAGUAUUUUCAACUGUUUUAAAAUAAAUCCAAAAAUAAAAUAUGCAAGUCAUAUAUUUUAAAGUAAAUUUUAAAAAGAAUGUUUUUAUUUUAGUAAACUUAAAUUACAGAGGAGUGGAUGUUCAUGGAAUGCUUAUGGAUAUUUUGGACACAAAGGUAGGAAUUACUAACAUUCAGGUUUUUAAAGCUUGAAACCUAAAUGUAGAAAAUAGAUCCUCAGACGGUGGUCUAUGGAGGGAGAGCAGUUAAAUAUCAAACACGUAAUUUUCUUGUAUUUACUUUCAAGUGGGGAAAAGGUUUUCGUUGUGUUACACCUUUGAAACCAUCUGAUCUGAAAAACGCACUUGGGUUUGGGCUUUCCUGUGCGGGGUUUUGGCCUUUAUACGCUUAGGACUUGUUUGGAGAUGAAAGUAUCUUGGAACGAAGUUGGAGGAACGUGUUGGCAAAGGAUACCCCCUCGCUGCCCAGAGAGCCUCGGACUAACUGUAAAUAGUUUA